UUAUUAGCGAAGUGGCUUUCUAAAAUCCAUUUGAAGUUUGGAUUCCUUUCCCUCCAUCAAAAGCACACGCGGCUCACUUUUCUCUGCCUCUUCACAGACUAAAAUGUCAUCUCUCAGCAAUUGAUUUGCUGUCUGCCUCAUUUGCUCCAUUAUGAUGUGCCGACUCAUCAGUACUGAGCUUUGCUCAAACACUUCCUCACUCUUUAUGUGAUCGUGAAAAGACUCAAAAUUAAAGAUAAACAGCGUUUACAUUAGAGCUGAGCUUUAAGUGCUGUUGUUCUGACCGCCUCAUAGUCAAAACAUCCUAUUUUACCCAAUAAGAGUGAAGGAUCAACCCUUUAAGAAACCUAAAAUAAUGAGCUUAAAUCAUAUUUAAAUAUUUUAGUGUGAGAAUAGGGCCUUUCAGGUCUGUGUAUGCAUCGAGGACAAACCACGCCCACUCCUCCAUCAGCCUCGCUUGCACAUGGAUUCUUUUUAGAGCAGCAGAGUAGGAGAUAAAAAGAGGAGUAGAGCCAUGAGUUGGUGCUAAACCGAACCGGAUCACUAAUGGCUUGCCUGAGAGGAGAAACAACUGUAGAGAGUUUGGACUUUGUGCAAGUGUCCGGCUUCUCUCCUGCACAUGAUGGACUUUGGGCCCUCUUACCUAAGGAGGAUACUCUGCGGUCACCCUGUUAUGUGUUUUCUUUGCCAGCUAGUGGUUUAGGUAAAGUAACGACUGCUGAUGCAAGUAUAAAAGACUUGAAAAUGGACAGGAGGCAGAUGAAGAUGGUAUUAUUCUGCAGGCUGGCAGAACAGGGGGCGGAUUGGUCCAUUUUAAGGGUUUUUGGAGCAGUGCUAUUCGAGGCAAACAAUGGGUUUGGAGGGCAUGGAAAUAAUUGCCAUUACUGUUGUUGUUGGACUAUUUAUUGUUGUUCUUAAACAGUUUGGGAUUUGGGAGCCUCUGUCUCUGGAAGACGACACUAGUGACAGUGACCUCGAGCUCUCCAUGGUGCGUCACCAACCUGAAGGCCUUGAGCAGCUGCAAGCCCAGACCAAGUUUACCAAGAAGGAGCUUCAGUCUCUUUACAGAGGCUUCAAAAAUGAAUGUCCGAGUGGUCUUGUGGAUGAGGAAACUUUUAAAUCCAUCUACUCACAGUUCUUUCCUCAAGGAGAUGCAACCACAUACGCACAUUUCUUGUUCAAUGCCUUCGACAUGGAUCGAAACGGUUCAAUCCGAUUUGAGGACUUUGUGAUUGGAUUGUCUGUUUUGCUUCGAGGUUCUAUCACAGAGAAGCUUCGUUGGGCUUUUAACCUCUAUGACAUCAACAAGGACGGCCUUGUAACUAAGGAGGAAAUGUUGGCAAUAAUGACUUCCAUCUAUGACAUGAUGGGCAGGUACACCUUACCCAGUGUGCGAGAAGAAUCUCCCUUUGAACAUGUGGAGAAAUUCUUCCAGAAAAUGGAUCGUAAUAGAGAUGGAGUGGUGACAAUAGAUGAAUUCAUUGAAACUUGCCAAAAGGAUGAAGAUAUAAUGGCAUCCAUGCAGCUCUUUGAGAAUGUCAUCUAAUUUCUGCAGUUAAAGCUGAACUAAUACAUCUGAACAGCAAUACGUCCAGUCUUCAAAAGAAUGCAUGAGAAGUUUUAACAAUAUGUAUUUUUUAGUUUCAGCACAUAGAGGGGAUCCGAUGCAUCAUGAUAGCCAGAUAAAUAUGAUAUGUUUUUCUGUGACAUUAAAACAAAGCAUGUUAUGCAACCAUCA